CUACCGGAGUCGACUAUUCGUUACAGAGGACCGUAGUCUCUCUGUAGAUAAUACAUUUUAUGCACCUCCUCCUCUCCUAGUUCCACGCACCUUUGUUCACUGCACAAGAUGGAACAAGAAGGAGAAGAAGUAGAGGUCAUACACUCAUGGUCAGCUCCACGGUCACUCAGCACCACCCUCAUGUACUCUUUUGCCCAGCGGGAUGACACCGAGGUGCUUGAUGAACCCCUUUAUGCUGCUUUCCUUCGGAUAACCGGUGUUGAAAGGCCAUACAGGGAUGAGCUUCUCUCCAAAAUGGAAUCUGAUGGAACUAAGGUUGUAAACAAUGUCAUUUUUGGUCCAGGGCGAAAGAAGUAUCGGUUCUGCAAGCAUAUAGCAAAACAGCGAGUAACGGGUUUGCCUAGUGAUUUGUUGAAGAAAGGAAAGCAUCUUAUUUUGAUCCGAAAUCCCCUUGAUGUCCUGCAAUCCUUUGAAAAGGUUGUGCCUGCAUCCUUUCUUGAGUUGGGUGUAUCAGAGCUGGUAGCCAUAUACAGUGAGUUAUGCGAGUUGGGAAGGCCUCCACCAGUAAUUGAUACAGCAGAUCUUCAACAAGAUCCCAAGGGUACCUUACGCAGUCUAUGUGAAGAUCUGGAUAUCCCAUUUCAAUCCUCAAUGCUCAAAUGGGAAGCUGGUCCUAAGCCAUAUGAUGGGAUUUGGGCCCCCUGGUGGUAUAAGAGCGUACAUAAGUCAACAGAAUUCAAGCAAGCACGAAGAUUUCCUGAGCCAUUUCCUUUAACUAUGUAUGAAUUGUUGGAGCAAAGUCUACCUUUCUACAACCUCCUUAGGUGCCAUGUCAAGCAGACUUCAUCCCUGCUAAAGACCAACUUACCUCAACCAAAUCUUCCUGUUCCUGCAAAUGAGAAGUUGCUUGCAUGGGUCGGCGAUGAGAUGUUACCUCGUGAAAGCGCAAAGGUUUCUGUAUUUGACUCGGUGGUCCAAGGCGGAGAUUCAGUGUGGGAAGGGCUUCGAGUUUACAAUGGAAAGAUUUUUAAGCUUGAUGAGCAUUUAGAUAGGUUGCUUGACUCAGCAAAGGCUCUGGCUUUCAACAAUGUCCCAACUCGCAAAGAGAUUGAGGAAUCCAUAUUCAAAACUCUCAUUAGGAAUGGAAUGUUUGACAAUGCACACAUCCGACUUUCGCUUACCCGAGGCAAAAAGGUUACUUCUGGCAUGAGCCCAGCAUUUAAUCUUUAUGGUUGCACCUUGAUAGUGCUUCCUGAAUGGAAGCCCCCUGUCUACGACAACACAAAGGGAAUAACUCUGGUGACUGCUACUACUCGUCGUAAUUCUCCAAAUAAUUUGGAUUCGAAGAUUCACCACAAUAACCUCCUUAAUAAUAUACUUGCAAAGAUAGAAGGGAACAAUGCAAAUGCUGAUGAUGCAAUUAUGCUUGACAAGGAUGGUUAUGUAUCUGAAACAAAUGCUACUAACAUUUUUCUGGUGAAGAAGGGACGUGUCCUGACACCUCAUGCUGAUUAUUGCCUUCCUGGCAUAACUAGAGCAACUGUUAUGGACCUUGUGGUGAAGGAAGAUUUUGUCCUGGUGGAGCGAAGAAUCAGCUUGUCAGAGUUCCAUACUGCAGAUGAGGUGUGGACAACAGGAACAAUGGGUGAGCUGAGUCCGGUUGUGAAGAUAGAUGGACGAUUAAUUGGCAAUGGGCAGGUUGGGCCUGUUACUCGAAGAUUGCAAAAUGCUUACAGAAAGCUGACAGAAGAGUUGGGUGUUCCGAUACCAACCUAUAGUCAGGCUUGAGAACCAUAUAAUUCCGAACAGGAAUAGAUUGCUUCUCCCCAUUGGCAUUUGGCUUUUGUAAAUAAGUGGGGGGAAAUCUCCAUUUGGAACCAAAUCAACACUCUUUGAUCAGGAAUAAUCAUGGUCUCCUCAAGGCCGUAUUGGGAUUUUUUUUAGUGUCUGGCAACAUUUGUCAAUAAAGGUGCAGGAGGUUGUACAUCA